UGAUGUUUAGCAAAAUAACAAAAUAACUUGAAUUUUCCUUCUAUUUUAUAUUUUCUACUUUCUGCCUACAGUACUUGUUCAACCAGAAAAGCCAUGCCACACCAGUUCUCGGUCUAUUUCAAAAACAAAGGUGUCUAUGUGGACUACAUCCAGGACAUCACUUCCAUUUACACAUUCGUCGAUACAGUUGAGGAUAUCAGGGCGCAUUACAACACACCUGAGGAUGACACGGAAACUGCGCUGUAUUACCUGAAGAAGGGCACACUCGAGAUAGUCAAGGUCGAUCCCCUGAAGACCCCAUUGUACAAUAUUGCCAAGUAUAUGGUCAGCAAGAACAAGAUAUACUGGGGCAAAUUCGAAACCCUGGUCUACGACUCUACUGCUCACCCUGAGGACGGUAUAAAUGAGGCCAUUUUACCAGGCCUUCCCACUGAAGAAGAUAUGAGGCCUGCGUUUACACCACUGUCAGAGCCGUACCCGCAGCCGAAUAAAUGCCCUUGCUGCAGCCAUAUCUCUGCAACUGAGAGCAGUGCAAGUGUUGUAGUUGCUGAUGCAGCCAACUUUUGACCUUGAUGUUUUUUCUUUACUUAGUUUUGUACCAAGUUCUACAUGCCAUCAAAAAAAUAUACGGCGCACUUUUGCAAUGACACACGCACACAAUGUUUGCAAUAAAAGUUAAUGAUACUUUUUGUUCAUAGUGCAAUUAACAUACUGGCCAAAGACAUUGUACAUGGGUGGAGGAGCUUGGAAGAAUGAUGCG